AUGGCUCAUCAGCGUCGCCAAGUACAGGAGAACCAGAAGAUCGCGGAGAAAAGUAGUCAAGAUAAGACAUUUCCCGCAGUCGUGAAGAAUUUGCUGCACUGGGAUGAUUUGCCUCACUGGCAACGUGACAACCGCCAUAUUCAUACGGGAUAUCGACCGGCCUCGUCUUCAUUCUGGGUCUCGUUCCAAUCGCUGGGCUACAUCCACAACGAGACCGUCAACAUUUACACUCAUCUAUUACCGGGUAUACUAGCCGUUCCUGCAGCCUACCAACUCUAUCAUGCCCUGACGCCUCGCUAUCACACUGCCGAUGAUUCGGAUAUAUUGGCUUUUGCCUGCUUUUUCGCGGGGGCUGCGUUCUGUCUCGGAAUGUCAGCCACUUACCAUACAAUCUCGAACCAUUCGCCUGCUGUGGCUCGAUAUGGCAAUGCUCUUGAUUACAUUGGUAUUGUGGGGCUUAUUGUAGGAAGUUUUGUUCCCAGCGUGUUCUAUGGAUUCUACUGCGUUCCUCACCUCCAACACCGAUACUGGACAAUGAUCUGCACCCUUGGCCUAGGAUGUGUGUGUGUUUUGGUUCUUCCGCGCUUCCGAACGCCCCGUUGGAGGCCAUUCCGAGCGGCGAUGUUUGUCGGGAUGGGCCUGUCGGCCGUCUUCCCCGUCCUUCAUGGCCUGUUCGUCUUCGGAUUCGACCGUAUGCGCCAGCAAAUCGGCCUCACCUGGCUUGUCCUUCAAGGUUUCCUGUACAUUCUUGGUGCAGGUAUCUAUGCCGCUCGUGUACCGGAACGGCUCCGGCCCGGCCACUUUGACAUCGUUGGAAGCUCGCACCAGAUAUUUCACGUAUUGGUCGUCUGCGCGGCGGUGGCUCAUCUGACUGGUCUUCUCAAAGCGUUUGACUAUCGGCACAGUGGCACUGCCGAGAUUUGUCAGAUCGCACGCGGCUGA